GUCAUGGACCUCAGAUAGGCAGGGUAAGGAAUCUAACGUGGUGUCAUGGACCUCAGAUAGGCAGGGUAAGGAAUCUAACGUGGUGUCAUGGACCUCAGAUAGGCAGGGUAAGGAAUCUAACGUGGUGUCGUGGACCUCUGAGAUAGGCAGGGUAAGGAAUCUAUCGUGGUGUCAUGGACCUCAGAUAGGCAGGGUAAGGAAUCUAACGUGGUGUCAUGGACCUCAGAUAGGCAGGGUAAGGAAUCUAACGUGGUGUCAUGGACCUCAGAUAGGCAGGGUAAGGAAUCUAACGUGGUGUCGUGGACCUCUGAGAUAGGCAGGGUAAGGAAUCUAACGUGGUGUCAUGGACCUCAGAUAGGCAGGGUAAGGAAUCUAACGUGGUGUCAUGGACCUCUGAGAUAGGCAGGGUAAGGAAUCUAACGUGGUGUCAUGGACCUCUGAGAUAGGCAGGGUAAGGAAUCUAACGUGGUGUCAUGGACCUCUGAUAGGCAGGGUAAGGAAUCUAACGUGGUGUCGUGGACCUCUGAGAUAGGCAGGGUAAGGAAUCUAACGUGGUGUCAUGGACCUCAGAUAGGCAGGGUAAGGAAUCUAACGUGGUGUCAUGGACCUCUGAGAUAGGCAGGGUAAGGAAUCUAACGUGGUGUCAUGGACCUCAGAGAUAGGCAGGGUAAGGAAUCUAUCGUGGUGUCGUGGACCUCAGAUAGGCAGGGUAAGGAAUCUAUCGUGGUGUCAUGGACCUCAGAUAGGCAGGGUAAGGAAUCUAACGUGGUGUCAUGGACCUCAGAUAGGCAGGGUAAGGAAUCUAUCGUGGUGUCAUGGACCUCAGAUAGGCAGGGUAAGGAAUCUAACGUGGUGUCAUGGACCUCAGAUAGGCAGGGUAAGGAAUCUAACGUGGUGUCAUGGACCUCAGAUAGGCAGGGUAAGGAAUCUAACGUGGUGUCAUGGACCUCAGAUAGGCAGGGUAAGGAAUCUAACGUGGUGUCGUGGACCUCAGAUAGGCAGGAUAAGGAAUCUAACGUGGUGUCAUGGACCUCAGAUAGGCAGGGUAAGGAAUCUAACGUGGUGUCAUGGACCUCUGAGAUAGGCAGGGUAAGGAAUCUAACGUGGUGUCCAUGGACCUCAGAUAGGCAGGGUAAGGAAUCUAUCGUGGUGUCAUGGACCUCUGAGAUAGGCAGGAGUUUCUCCAUGGCCGUGUACCUGGCGAGACAACAGACAUCCACAACCCUGCUGCAGAGACUACGAGCCAAAGGAAUCCGCAACCCAGACCACUCCAGAGCUCUCAUCAAAGAGAAGUUGACAGCUGACCCUGACAGUGAGAUUGCGACCACCAGUCUACGAGUCUCUCUACUCUGUCCGCUGGGGAAGAUGCGUCUGAUGAUCCCGUGCAGAGCGCUGACCUGUUCCCACCUGCAGUGUUUCGACGCGACGCUUUACAUCCAGAUGAAUGAGAGGAAACCCACCUGGGUGUGUCCUGUGUGUGAUCAGAAGGCCCCCUACCAACACCUCAUCAUCGACGGGUUGUUCAUGGAGAUCCUAAACAGCUGUGAGGACUGUGACGAGAUCCAGUUUAAAGAGGACGGGAACUGGUAUCCCAUGAGACUAAAGAAGGAGGUCACAGAGGUUUCUGCUUCAUUCAACGGCGAUGGCGAGUCGUGUCGGACCGUGGAAUCGGAGCCUCACAGGAACAGCUCGUCCCACGGCAUUACCAAUAAGGUGGUGGUGAUCGAUCUGACUCUGGACAGCUCUUCAGACGACGAUCUGGACCAUGAGCCUCCUCUCAAGAGACCCUGUCCCUCCUCCUCCUCCCUGUCCCCUGCCUCACCGCCUAUCAGCAACAAGGGCGUGUUGAACCUCCACAGCCAGGUAUCUCCGGUGGCCAGAGCUCCCAGCAUGCCUCCUGUUGAGACCAGCUAUAUCCCCCCUCCACCCCCCCUCAUACAGGACUACAGCCACUACUACCACACCCCCAACGACCUGGACCUCAACUUCUUCUCAUUCCUCCAGGGAGAAAACCAACAGCAUUACAACAUGGUGAUGGCGGCAGCGGCGGCAGCCUCAGCUUCCGACGACCACGACUUGCUCCUGAACCGUUUCCUGCCCUAUAGCUCCUCCCAGAUGUUCCUGGACCAACCAGGGACCCCCGGGGGUGGGAGCAGCGCCCUGGCAGCAGCCAACGGGGGCAGCAACAGCGGCAGCAGCUCCAGUCUGGUGUCGUCAAGUAGUUUGAGAGAGAGGGAUCGGGAUCGAGAAAGGGACAGCAGGUCCAAUGCAGCAGCCGCAGUCAUAUACGGCUCCAUACCAGACGUGAUCUCACUAGACUGAGGGGACGGGGACGGGGACGGGGGAUCUAUCCGUACAGAACUGGGGGAAAAACAACUGGAGGGUGAAAAUAGAAACCGGAGGAUGGUUUUGUAAAUAGAAAACUAAAGGGAAAGAAACAGUGCUAUGUACAGAGAGGUGGAAAAAUAUCUAUUUUAAAUGUUACUGUAAGCAGAAUCCUGAUGAUCAUGAGUAACUUCAAUUGAUUGUUUUUUUUUUCCUCCUGCGGAUACUGGAGCUUUUUAAAAAGGCCUCUUCACGUUCUCCCCAUUUUGAUGAUUAUAUUCCCUUUUUGUACUUUGUUUUUUACUGUUUUUAUUUCAAUAUUUCCCCGUCAACGGCAUUAUUUCUGUCUCAAAACGUGUUUUUACUGCGCUUCCGCGCAAAAAAAAAAAGAGAAUCUGUCCCGGUUUUUUUUGUUUUUUUUCGUCAUCACUGUAGAUUAUAUUUUCUUUCAAACAUUCAUUCUGUGGUCAAAUAAUAUUGUAUUUAAUUAUUUUCAAGGUAUUAUUUAUGACGCUUUUAAGUUAUGUUAGAUCAAUGUGUGCUGUU